UUCUGUAAUUUAUCAACAUCACGUUGUAUUUUAAGUCUGGCCUUUAAAGCAUCUUGUGAUCACUCAGUUUUCUUUCAUCCCCAAACUGUACUAGUAUAUCCUGAACUCCAGGAAUUAAAGUACUCACAGAGAGAGGACCUGUAGCUCCUUCUACAUUCUCGCUGAGCCUUGCUUAUUACCUCCACUCAACUUGACACUGAACCAUUAAGAUUUGCUGUUGCUAUUUGAUAUUUCAGUCAAACGUCUCUUUCAAGCCACACCUCUACCCUGAUAUAACGUGACCCGAUAUAACACGAAUUUGGAUACAAUGCGGUAAAGCAGCGCUCCAGGGGGGUGAGGUUGCGUGCUCCAGCAGAUCAAAGCAACUUUGAUAUAACGUGGUUUCACCUAUAACACGGAACAUGCAGUGGCUCCUCAUUCUCACUCUCUUCACCAUCAUUUAUAUACAACAGUUUUUCUGCAGGGCACAAGGCAACGGACAACUAGAAGUGAAGCCUGGGGAAAAAUCUGCAGAAGCCAGUGAGGUACAUCAGCGUAAAGAGUUUUGUCACUGGCCAUGCAAAUGCCCCCAUGUGCCAACCUGCACCCCGGGAGUGAGCCUGGUAAAGGAUGGUUGCGAAUGUUGUAAAAUCUGUGCCAAGCAGGCUGGAGAGACCUGUAAUGAAGCAGAGACCUGUGACCCUCACAAAGGACUUUACUGUGAUUACUCUGCAGACAGGCCUAGGUAUGAAACAGGAGUAUGUGCAUAUAUGAUAGCAGUAGGAUGUGAGCUCAAUGGAGUGUAUUAUGUCAAUGGCCAGGCCUUCCAGCCCACCCCACUUUAUAAGUGUCUCUGUGUUAGUGGUGCAAUUGGAUGUACACCUGUAUUCACCUCAAAGGCAGCAGCAAGUCAGUGUGUCAUGGUCAAGGGCAGAAAAAAGUCUGGACAUUCCAACUGUGGCCCUGGACAACAGAAACAGCUACAAUCAACAGGCUACAGAUCAAUGCCAGAUCUGUGCCAGGCUUUUAAUCUGCUUCCUGCACUGAGAUCUUUAACCUGCUGUCUACCUUCCAGGUUACAGAAGUCUACCACUUGUUUUGAAGGAGAAGUGCUUAGUACAGGCAACUUCUUGGACACCUUGUUCCAGAACCUGUGGCAUAGGUAUAUCCAACAGAGUGACCAAUGAAAACAGUAAAUGUGAAAUGAGAAAAGAAGAGAGGUUGUGUAUCAUCCAACCUUGUCAGACCAAUAUAUUGAAGACUA